AUGGCUGAAGGGUCCAGCCCCGGGACACAGCUCCAGCCCCGGGACUCAGCUCCAGCCCCGGGACUCAUCUCCAGCCCCGGGACUCAGCUCCAGCCCAGGGACUCAGCUCUAGCCCAGGGACUCAGCUCCAGCCCAGGGACUCAGCUCCAACCCCAAGACUCAGCUCCUGCCCCAGGACUCAGCUCCAGCCCCAGGACUCAGCUCCAGCCCCAGGACUCAGCUCCAGCCCCAGGACUCAGCUUCAGCCAAGGGACUGGGCCUAACCCUGGUCCUAAGCUCCAAUCCCGGUCCCAGCUCCAACCCCGGGACUCAGCUCCAAGCCCGGGACUCAGCUACAACCCCGGGCCUCAGUUCCCACAGUUCCAACCCUGGGCCUCAGCUCCAACCCCAAGACUCAGCUCCAACAGCCCCAGGACUCAGCUCCAGCCCCAGGACUCAGCUCCAGCCCCAGGACUCAGCUCCAGCCCCAGGACUCAGCUCCAGCCCCAGGACUCAGCUCCAGCCAAGGGACUGGGCCUAACCCUGGUCCUAAGCUCCAAUCCCGGUCCCAGCUCCAACCCCAGGACUCAGCUCCAACCCCGGGACUCAGCUCCAAACCCGGGACUCAGCUACAACCCCGGGCCUCAGUUCCCACAGUUCCAACCCUGGGCCUCAGCUCCAACCCUGGGACCUCAGUUCCAACCCUGGGCCUCAGUUCCAACCCUUGGCCUCAGCUCCAACCCCGGGCCUCAGUCCCAACCCCAGUUCUCAGUUCCAAAAGUCCCAAACCCGGGCCUCAUUCCAACCCUGGGCCUCAGUUCCAAUCCCGGUCCCAGUUUCAACCCUGGGCCUCAGUCCGAACUCCGGGCCUCAGUUCCAACUCUGGGCCUCAGCUCCAACCCCGGGCCUCGGUUCCCACAGUUCCAACCCUAUGCCUCAGCUCCAAGCCUGGGCCUCAACUCCAACCCUGAGCCUCAGUUACAACCCCAGUUCUCAGUUCAACAGUCCCAAACCCAGUUCUCAGUUCCAAAAGUCCCAAACCCGGGCCUCAGUUACAACCCUGGUUCUCAUUUCAACCCCAGGACUCAGUUCCAAACCCGACUCUCAAUUCCAACCCUGGGACUCAGUUCCAACCCUGGGCUCAGUUCCAACCCUGGGCCUCAGUUCCAACCCUGGGCCUCAGUUCAAAACCUGAGCCUCAAUUCCAACUCUGGGACUCAGCUCCAUCAGCUCCAACCCCAGGACUCAGCUCCAACCCCGGGACUCAGCUCCAAGCCCGCGGCUCAGCUACAACCCCGGGCCUCAGUUCCCACAGUUCCAACCCUGGGCCUCAACUCCAACCCUGGGCCUCAGUUCCAACCCUGGGCCUCAGUUCCAACCCUGGGCCUCAGCUCCAACCCCGGGCCUCAGUCCCAACCCCAGUUCUCAGUUCCAAAAGUUCCAAACCCGAGCCUUAAUUUUAACCUUGGGCCUCAGUUCCCACAGUUCCAACCCUUGGCCUCAGUUCCAAUCCCGGUCCCAGUUUCAACCCUGGGCCUCAGUUCCAAUCCCAGUCCCAGUUUCAACCCUGGGCCUCAGUCCGAACUCCGGGCCUCAGCUCCAACCCUGGGCCUCAGUUCCCACAGUUACAACCCUGGGCCUCAGUUCCAACCCUGGGCCUCAAUUCUAACCCUGGGCCUCAGUUCCAACCCUGGGCCUCAGUUCCAACCCCGGGUCUCAGUUCUAGACACUCUCCCUCAGGGCUCUGUUACUCCUCCCCAAAGUGUUACCUCACACUCAGAGGUGAAAGGGUCACACUCCACAGAAUGA